CCAGGGAGGCUAGGUGUAGGAGACUAUUGUCUAUACCACUACACCACACAGACUACUGGGAAGACCUGGUGGAAAAUAAGAGAACCAAGGUUUACAAAAACAGUUUUAAACUACAUUAUCCAGGUAAAGUCAUUACCCAUAAAGCCACACACUUCCUUCAGACUCACAACCAAUAGAUAGGCAGUUUUGAGACAGACAGGUAUAGUUACCAAUUAUACAGAACCUCCUUAUUUUAGCUCCACCCCUAAUUUAACCUAGAUCCCACCCCAGAGCUUAUUUAAGGAUAUGGAUGGGAACAAAAAGCGUAUGUCCUCUGAAGAAGCAGGAUUCCCUGCGAAACGUUAGGACGUCGAACUCAAAAAGCACCGUGAACUGCACAUCAAAAAGAUACUGUUUGACGGGGAAAACAUUGCCAAUUUUUGUGUCCUGUUUUACACAAAAAAUUUUUUUAAUGGAGAAAAAUCCUUUUUAAACUGUUUUGUGAGUACUCACAUUUUUAAACCCUUCCUUUUUUUUGGGUUUUUAUUCCCCCCUCCUUUUUUUUCGGUUUUAUUCCCCCUUCUUUUUGGAGUACAACACCCAAGCCAGAGGGGCCUACAAAACUUCCUGUUUGGUGAACUCCUAGGCCGCUUAGGCCUUCUGGUAAGGAACUGAGUUGUUAAUCAGCUACAGGAUCCUUUUCCCAAGGAUUCUUAUCAGCAUACUCAUGGGGUAAGACCAAUGAAGACUUUUCUCCUUUUGGUUUUUAUCUUUCCUUUCUUUUAACCUUUUUUUUCCUCGAAAGGAGUUUUUUUACAGGCACAAUGAUUCCCUUAACAAACAGAUUCACAGUGUUGGAGACUUUGGAAACAGAUGGGGUGGAACAAACACUACACACAGACCAGCAUCUACACAACUCAAAACCCAGGGAAUUUUUAGAUAGACAUUUGAGGAAGUUGUAUUUUAAAUUCUUACAGGCCACACACCAUGAAGACAUUGUGACAACAGCUCUACAUACGCAAAUUUUUCCAAAGGGCAUGUCUAAACAAACACACAAACUUACACAGUUUAUCAAACCGGCAUGCCCCAAGCAACAAACUCUACAUAGAAUUACGGAAAACACACAAAAUUGGAUGAAGGCAAAUAUGCAGAUCCUCAAAGACCAUUACGUUCAAGUGAAAGCAGAACUACUGAAUCGAAUCCACAAAAUGGAGGAAACAGAAUGGCAGAUAGCAGUUAAAUGGGCCAAAGGUAGAUUCAAACACAAAUUGAGGGAAGACAUAAUAGAAAAGGCCAAAACACAAAUGGAACAGAAUCUAGUGGAAACAGAAAAUGGAGGAACUGCAUGUUUGCCUAUCCAAGUAUCAAACAGCUCCUCUAAUCCUUCUUCCACUGCCGCCUCUUCUUUUUCUUCUUCGUUGUCUUCUUCAAUCUCUUCCUCUUCUUCCUCCAAACAGAGUCCGAGUAAAGACGACACAAACCUUGUGGCAAGUUCUCCACAGAUGCAUUUAUCGAAAAGCAAUGGAACACCUCGGCCUUUAAACAACAACUCCGAUAAGACCAAGGGGGAGCCGACCCAGGGGGAUAGGAAGCAGGAGAGGAAGGAGGUGAUGAAUGGGUCUACAGAAAGGAAGACCACGUCCUUGAGAAAAGCCCGAUCUGAAUCCUCCCUUUCCCUUUCCCCUUCCUCUUUCUCGUUGACUCCCCUGCAUGUGGAACAUCCGGACAGGGUGGAGCCCCAAAUAAAAACCUGUGAAGUGAGGAACCAUUGGGUUCCUACUAGACAUCCUAACACCACUAGAAAGAUUGCAGAUUGGACACUGGAAGUAAAGAAACCAGUUUUGUUUAUAGGGGACUCCAACCUGUCCAGAAUUCCCUAUUUUAGUGACGAAAAUGUUCAGGUGGAUAGUUACCCUGGAGCCAACUUUUUACAUAUAGCCAAGGUGUUACAAAAAUUAACCCCUAAUCCAAACACUCAAAAAGUCGUCCUAUCAUUAGGAAUCAAUAAUAGAGAACAAACAUUCGAAAACAACAACAAAAAAACAGUUGCAAGAGCUGUGGAGAAUUGCUGCAGUGGUUUUUCCCAAUGCCACGAUCUACACCCCAUUAUUAAACUACUCGGAUAUCCUACCUAG